UGACGUUUUCUGAUUAGGCUAGCCAGUUUUUUGUUUCUGUUUGUGAAUAAUACUAAAAAUCACUCGUUGUUUAUCUCAAAUGUAAUGUAGUGAUUAGUGUUCCUAGUGUCGAAUAAAAAAACUAUAAUUCAUUACGCGGACCGUGAGGCGGGUUUGAAUUUCCAAGAUGACGGAAACUCGACGACAGCAACUGCAUCUCGGUAAAUGCAUCGAAGAUUUAGAUAAACUGCAUAAUAUUCCAGAUUUGAAGUCGAAACGGGCUACUGCGUUAUGCAAAACAGCGCAAAAACUUUUCGAGAGUGCAGCAGAGGCCCGUGAGAAGGGCGAUGAGGAGUACUCUUACGUGUGCUACAUGAAGUACUUGCGGGUCGUGGCGUGCAUCAGCAAGGACAAGGACUACUUGAAGGACAAGAACUACUUCAACCAGAUGUUAGGAACCAAAAACCCUAAUAAAGCCAUUGAUGCAGCUGAAGAGUUAAAGAAUAGUCUAAUUGACAGGUACAACCAAGAACAGAAGAAGAAGAGGCUUAACGACAUCCAGGAGAAUGAGGUUAUCAAGCAGAAAAUAGAUGAGAACCGCAAGAAAGCGCUAGAGGCUGCUCCCGCGCCGGAACCUUCCCAGCCUUUGGGGUUGCCAGGUUUAGACGAAGUGACCAUAAAAAGUGAGCAGCUCUACAACAUCCUCAAGAGUGGCAAAAUGAAGGUGAUGAUCCUGGACGCCCGGCCCGGCAAAGACUACAUAGAGUCCCACAUCAACUGCCCGUCCUGCAUCAGUGUGCCUGAAGAGAGCAUUUCACCAGGACGGUCAGCGCACAUCUUAGAACAGAAUCUGCCCGCGCCUUCCAAGCCUGUCUGGGCGACCCGAGCUUCCAUGGAACUCAUAGUCAUGCUAGACUGGUCUAGUACAGCUGUCAUCCCAGGGAACACUCUCCAUCUCUUGAAGACCAUCCUACUUAAGUGGGACGUCAAAGUGCAAUACCCUCGUCCGCCACUAGCUCUUCAUGGUGGCUACGAAGACUGGCUUCUUCGCUAUCCAGCACUCACCACCAACCCUCAACCAACACCAAGGGCCAAAGCACCUAAGGAUAUGCUAGGUGAGAUAGACUACCCGGUGUGGGCGGACCUGGCGCCGGCGCCGCCGCGAGCGCGCACGUCGGAGCCCGCGGUCGAUCGCAGCAGCAAGGCUGCAGCGUUGCAGAAGUACGAAGAGCGCGCUCGCAACAUGCAGCAGAUCAUUCAGCAACAAGAACGAUUAGCUGACACCUCCCUGACCUUAGAAAUGCAAAGAAUAGAAGCUGAACAGGAUUGGGAGAAAACCCACUUCCAACGCGAGACGGAGGAACGGGACGACGUCCGAGCGCUCUACAAGAUGCGUGAACAGGAAAUCAUAUCGCAACUCAUGCAGUUGGAAAAUAAGCAGUUUGACAUGGAACAAGAGAACUUGAGCCUCCGACAGCAGCUGGAAGAGUAUCAGAGACGAGAGCGCGCGGAGGCCGAGAAACUAGCGGAGCCCGUAGCCAAUGAUGAAGCCAAUGCGGAGAAGCAACGUGUGAUCGCCGAGCAAGCCGCGCAAGCGCGCGAACUAGCCGCCGCCUCCGCUCGCAUCGACGCCGUGCGGGAACAGAGGGAGGAGCUAGACCGGCAGCGGGAGGUGCUCGAGCGGGAGCGGAAGCGGAAACUCGCCCAGGCCAGGGAGAAGCGGAAACCUGUACUAGACAAGGAUGAAGACGGUGACACGUACAUGGUAUCUCCGGACGACGGACCCGCUGGCUUAAAUCGGUCGCAAUCUUCACCCAACAUUGCCAAGCAGGUGUCAUCAGACGAAGACGAGUCGCCUCCGUCCUUCGAUCGCAGUGUCAAACCUACCAAGGUCAUACCUAGAAACCACCAGAGGGACUUCCAACCGCAGUGGGGUGAUGUGGGCCGCGGUCUUACGGGCUUGAAGAACCUUGGAAACACAUGCUACAUGAACUCCAUUAUCCAGUGCCUCAACAACACCGCCAUACUGUGUCAUUACUUCUGCAACGGGCAGUACAUGGAGCAUGUCAACAGGGCGCAUGGAACGCGAGGAGCGAUCGCAGAAGAAUUGGCAGCAGUGGUACGAGCGCUGUGGUCUGGUCAGUACCGAUACAUCGCCACCAUCGAUUUAAGGAAUGAAGUGGGCAAGCACCAGCGAGCGUUCCGGGGCUGCGAGCAGCAAGACUCCCACGAGUUCCUCACGAUCCUCAUGGAUUGGCUCCAUCUAGACUUACAGUUCUCCAGCAAACCUCAAAUAAAGGAUAGUCUCCCACCCUCCGAAAAAGCGUGGCACGAGUUCACGAAAUCCAAAGAGAGCUUCAUCCUACGGCUAUUCUACGGGCAGAUCCGGUCCACGGUGAAGUGUACGGUGUGCGGCAAGCAGAGCGUCACGUACGAGUCCUUCUCCAACCUGAGUCUGGAGCUGCCGGCUAACGCUAACCGGUGUACGCUCAGUGACUGCCUAAAACUAUACCUAAACGGUGAAACCAUCCCCGGCUGGAACUGCCCGGGCUGCAAGGAGAAGCGAGACGCGCUCAAGAAACUCGACAUCUCGCGCCUGCCGCCCGUCCUCGUCAUACACUUCAAGCGCUUCUACGUCGACCCCAAGGAAUACAUGGCCAAUGCUUAUAGAAAGAAACAGACCUAUAUAGACUUCCCACUUGAAGAUUUAGAUAUGAGACAGUUCUCACUUAAUUGUAGCCCGAAUAAUCAGAUUUUUAAUCUUUAUGCGGUGUCUAAUCAUUACGGGUCUAUGGAGGGCGGACACUACACGGCAUAUUGUAAGAGCAGCGUGUAUGGCAAAUGGUACAAAUACGACGACCACGUGGUGACAGAGAUCUCCUCGAGCGAAGUGAAGUCGAGCGCCGCCUACAUUCUGUUCUACACCUCCUGCAAUAUGCGCAUGUCGUGAUCGCGAGGCCGGAAGCGACCCAGCGAGGCCAGCGGUAGCUUUAGGCCUUAGGAAGUGUAUUGGUGCCUAGGCCAAACCAUGUUGAGGCGAGAAUUUGUACAUAAAGUCCACCGCAAGCUGUCAACAUUUCCCGUAAAAUACAUACACGUCGUGAUCGCGAGGCCGGAAACGACUCAGUGGGGACAGCGGUAGCUUUAGGCCUUAAAACUCGUUGUAGCUAGGCCGUUGAAUUUGUACAUAGAGUCCACCACAAGCUAUCUAUGCUUCCUUUAAAAUGUGUAUGUCAUGAUUGCGAGGCCGAAAACUACUCAGUGAGGCCAUAGGCAGUUUUAGACCUUAGGAAGUGCAUUGGUGGCUAGGCCAAGUGUUGAUUAUACAUGUAUUGGCCCUGCUGAGGCAGGAAAUUGUACAUAAAGUCCGGUGAAACCAGUGAGCCAGCGAUAGCUUUAGGCCUUAGGAACUUCUCCGUAGCUAGGCGAGGUGUUUGAGACUAUGUAUUGGCUUUAUUGAGGACAGGAAUUUGUACAUAAAGUCCGGUGAAACCUACCUUUACACUUUCUGAAACAUGUGGAUGUCGUGAUCGCGAGGCCGGAAGGGGCCUAGCGAGGCUAGCGGUAGCUUUAGACCUUAAAAACUCGUUGUGGUUAGGCCAAGUGUUGAAUUUGUACAUAAAGUCCUACGAAACAUACCUUUACACUUCCUGUAAUAUUCACAUGUCGUGAUCGCGAGGCCGAAAGCGACCCAGUGAGCCCAGUGGUAGCUUUAGGCCUUGGGAACUUAUCAAUGGGUAGGCCAAGUGUUUGAGACUAUAUGUUGGCUAUAUUGAGGCAGGAUUCAUAGAUAAACUCCAGUGCAGCCUACAUUCUCUGCUACACCUACAAUUCGUGAUAGCGAGGGCGAAAGCAGCCCAAUAAGGCCGGAGAUUGGGGUUCGACCUAGUAGAGAAACUGGGCCUAGUAUGUUUCUGAGUGAAUGCGUUUUAGUUAAUUUACUCUGUCUUCUCUUUGGCGGUGACCAAAAACCACUUAAAGAGGCCGAAUGUAAAAUUUUAACCUUUGGGAUCUUCGCCUAAACGGGAAACUAAGCCAAGUACCGUUCAUCACAUGAGCAAUGCUAAUGCAAAACGAAAGGCGGAGGGUAGCUUAACCCCUCGUAUGCGGCCUGUCAAUUUUGACCUUGACAUUAAAUUUAAAGCAAUAGAUUAAAAUUCCCACGCACGGAUCCGUGUCUAAGCAUACGAGGGGUUAAGGCUUUAGGAUCUAUACGGGGACUAGACCAAGCGGUUGAAAUGAAAUAUUGGUUAAGAAUGCGCAUUGGACAUAACCUAUCAAGAAAACAUUUGUAAA